AUGAAAAAGUAAUCAUUAUAUCUCUACUAAUGGUGAAUGAUGUAAAUUUAGUCGAAAGUUAUUUAAUACAAAAAAAAGUAAGGAAUCAUUUUUUGAUAUUGGUGGAGCAGCCUAAGUAGACAAUCAUGGUAAAUGAUGUGAAUGAAAUUUUAGUUUGCAAAAUAAGAGCUAUUGUUAUAAAAACAGAGGGAUUGUAAUUCUGA